GACAGUAAUGGCGAACCCCAUAUGGAUGUGAAGAACGGGGCCCUAACAUGUCGUGCGAAGGGGGACUGGUUGGGCAAAAACAUGGCGGCCCCCAUGGAAUACCACAUGAAAGUCGGCUGGAUGUAAACAUUGGAUUAGGUGAUACUUUUAGAGAGAAAAAUGAAGGUUUGAGUACAAUCCAGCCUACGGAAGAUGGUCAGAUCAUUCAAGAUGGCGUCGGAAUCGACGGGAAAAAUGUCGCCGAAGAUAACUUACAUUUUUUGUCGGCCGAUGAUGACUUGGAUAGUUACGAGAGAGCAGUCGUCGAAAAUAAUGCCGAAUGGUUGAAAUCGCGUUGUAGAAAUUUAGAAACGGUUGACUUCGACAUUACUAGUAGUAAUCAGGAUGACGGUAGCGUCGGGGACUUUUUUGACAGCGACGCGCUGCCUGACGAUGGAGCAAUGUCGUUGCCCGAAACUGACAGUGCGGCCAUUCCCCUCUCAGAUGGAGACCUCAACUUUACACGCCAGCUUUGCGAGGGACAGGCGAACGGUUUGACCGUUCCCGCCAUAUGUGUGUCGAAUGUCAGCAUACUUCAGACACAGCACCGAGAUGCACUUGAUGAACUCACAAACCCAAUUAGCCUCGACAUGAGGUCAGAGGGCAAACAGCUUCACGUGCAGAAUCUUGGGUUACAAUUAGACUCUGACAGAAACAAUACUUUGAUGACUCCUCAGGAACUAGAAAGCAUGCCUGAUAGGGGUAUAGAAUUUGAGGAGUCAGUUGGACCUAAGAGCGAUGCUAUUCAAGUGGUUCAUAUUGAAAAUGGUUCAACUUUAAAAGACAUUGGAAGUGAAUUUGGAAAGUGCCAGUUAACAUUGCCAUCUACUUUAGAUGGAAAAGCUAAGUUAAUUGACACUUCUCUUUUGAAUAGAGCUGAUAUUGAUACCUCAAAUCAAAGUGUGUCUGUUGUGCAGAAGUCGGGCGAAGCUGAGACAUCUAUGUCACAGCAAAUUGUAACACCUGCUGAGGCAUUUGUUCCAUCAGAGGGUAACCUAAAACUUGCUACAAUAUCUAUUUCCACCGACAAACUGUCCAAUUCGACCCAAAUUCUAGUCAACACAAACCAAGGCCAACAGCUUUAUCACAUAAACACUGCAGACCUGACACAAGCUACAAAUGCGUUGGAGCCACUUUCACGGCCAAAUGCACUUCAGCAUGUGGUUGCAGACCCUGCACAAAUGAAAGCUGCCCAGCAGAUGGACACUGACGUUGUUGCACCAGUUCAAACAGGUUAUUUGAUCCUGCCUACAUCUGACUAUGAAAAGUUGAACUUACAGAAUGGGAUCCUCAUGUCAUCACCGCUAGGAACAAUCAGUGGCAAUGUCAUCCAGCACGCUCCACAGAUUCAUCUGCAGCAGCUACCAGAUGUCAAUAUGGGGUCAAUGGCAGGUCAAGGAGCACCCAGGAAGUACUAUAUGUGUGGGGAAAGGGGCUGCGAAAAGAUCUUCAAAAAACUGUCCAAGUUCCGAGUCCAUCAAAUGAGACAUACUGGAGAAAGGCCGUUUAAGUGUUCUAAGCCAGGCUGUGAAUGGGCGUUUACAACACUAUAUAAACUGAAACGACAUGGGGAGUCUCACCAGGGGAAAAAGGAUUAUAUUUGUGACAUUGAUGGCUGUGACAAGAAGUUUACCACGGUGUAUAACCUGAACUCCCAUAAACGGCUCCACGAACGUCCAUGUGUGGAGCAGUGUACAGAAGAGGGGUGCGAGGAGAAAUUCCCCACCAAGAGACAGCUUGACCUCCAUAUGAAGUGCCACAGUGGCAUGGAGAAAACAUACAAGUGUCCUGUGGAGGGAUGUGAUAAAACUUUCUUCUCUGCUCAUUGUAUGGGCUCUCAUCCCCGAGUCCACACCCAAGAGCGUGAGGACCUCACCUGCAAGUUUGAAGGAUGUGGCAAAGUGUUUGACAAAAUAUGUCGGCUCAAACAGCAUAUGCGAAGUCACACGGGAGAAAAACCUUACAUAUGCCGAUUUGAGGGCUGUGGUUGGGCAUUUGCUACAGCCAGUAAGCUGAAACGUCACCAGGCAAAGCACACAGGCCUGAGAAAGUUUGUGUGCCCACAGUGUAAUAAGGGUUUUAUGAGAGCAGAGCAUCUUAAAGGACACAUGAUGACGCACUCCGGGGAGAAACCCUACGCCUGUCCUGUUGAAGGUUGUUUAGUGAAAUUCACAGCAAAAAGCAGCCUGUAUGUCCACAUGAAGAAACAUGAACAGUCUGAGGAGAAGAUUAUAUACCACUGCCCGAUGGAUGGAUGCCAGAGAAAAUAUUCCAGCAAGGUCACACUGCGUCAGCACAUCGUAAAACAACACAUCUCAGCAAACAGCGAUGUUUCUCAGAUGGACUUCACCACACUUCUCAUUGGGGGCUUUCAGACGGACGAAGAAAUGGCCGAGGCUCAGGCAGCCAUUGCUGUUUCCUCUGUGAGCACAACCUUGCCCAAUGAUAACCUAGAAUCUCCCAACACAAUACUCAUCGACCCAUCAGAGUUCAUCACAACCACUGCCACCAUUACAAAUGCCGAGGAUGAGGCAGGGACAAUGCAGCAGAUAAGUCCUGCUGUGUUGAACCAGCUCUUGUCUUCUGUUGACCAUCAAACUACAACAUCCUGUGACCAGCAUCAGGAGGAUACCCCUAAUAUAAACAUAGCCAUCUCCUCUGAUGCAGAAUCUGUACCUGGCAGGGUCUUACAGGAGAACAACAGUGGAUCAGCCCGAACAGACUUUCGUAGCAACCAUCUCUUGAGUGACAGAGCACGGAAACGACGACAGUUACUACGGGAGAAGGUGUCCUCUGUAGGAGCAGACCAGUCCUCAUUCCAUGAUGCAACAAAUGACCAACAGAGUAAUUUCAAUGUGCCCACCUCAACUGUGUCGUACUCGCCGUCGAACAGCAUGACAUCAAGGGGGAUAACUUUCCGUGAUCCUGAAACCGGUGUUUUAUAUGUACAGACCCAGCUGUUACAGGAUGACCCCCCAACCCCUGACCUUUACUCUGAGGAGACUGCCUUAGGAUCUGACCUUUCAUCGCUCAAUGACACGUCCGGUAGUGAUGUUAGUGAGCAUAAUUUACAUACAGUGGAGUUUGUUACCGGCUCAACAAUUAACAUGAAGGAUCUGGAAUAGUUUUAACUGGAUCUUAUCGUUAUUUAUACAGGAUAAACGUUCAGAGCAGUUAAGUCUGUAGGUUUCACUCGAUAUUAAAAUCCUCAAAGUCCUGAAACAGCGCACAUUUUCUUACUGGAAGAAAAUAAGCUAGUGUUGCAGCCUUAGAUGGUCUGUGAUAGCAGCUUGUUCUUCCAAACAUGGUUGCCUGGUCACCAUGAUGUUGUGGUGUACCUGUAGGAUGUUUGAGGAUUUCAUUAUCAAAUCCUUGCAUUUUUGUGAAACACGAUUAUCAAGCACCAGCUAACAUUGAUAAAGACAUAUCUAUUGAUAAGUUGGCUGUCAAAAUCAGCAAUAUUAUUGCAGAUUUUGUUACAAUAUUAACUUGCCAUACAAUAUUAAUGUAAAUAAAAUAUUCUGAAAAUUAAAAUUCACUCUGUUAACUAGAAUGUAAUGUGGCUAUCUGAAACUUAGACGGGUCAAGUUUUUCACAUGUGAUAACAGCCAAACUCCAUCUUUGGUUGCUUUACUGUAACCCCCAUACUGUGCCACACAGUAAAAAGUUGAUUGUUUGAAAUGUCAAAUAGCGAUGGUGUUAACAAAAAAUAGGUUAUACAGUAUCAUGAUAACUGGAUGAUGUUGUUUGUGUACAGGAUUGUUUAUUGUGCUAAUCAAAAUUUUGGAAGUUCUCCUAAUACUACACUCGCAUAAUAACAUGUCAAUAUCAACAGUAUAAGCAUAAUGGCACCAAUUUAUUAAGAAUAGCUUUUUUAGAGAAAAAUCAUGAAAUUCUGAUUUUGUUACAUAAAUAUAGUAUCAUUUGAUAGACACAUUGUAAACAUAUUUUGUUUUUUUAAUUUAUAAAUUUGAAGAUUGUCAGCCUGAAAAUGAAAUAAUUUAUUAUUUAUAUGAACUGCUAUAUUUAAAGCAGCCUUACCACUUAUAUAACAAAUUGGUGUAGUUCUUAUUUUAUCAGAAGUGACAUGGAACCAUCCACAAUAUUCAACAGUUCUGGUCUCGAUACAAAAUCUUCUCUGCACCCUUGGAUUAUAUCAACAGUUCUGGUCUCUAUACACAAAUCUUCUCUGCACCCUUGGAUUAUAUCAACAGUGCUGGUCUCUAUACACAAAUCUUCUCUGUACCCUUGGAUUAUAUCAAGACAAAACUCAAGGCUCUUUAUGGAUUACAGAUUAUACAAGAAGUCUAGUGUGAUAUAUUUGACAAAAUUCAAAGAAAGUAUACCUAAAAAAUGAAAUAUCUUUAAUAAUGUAGCCUUCUAUUUUGUCAUAACAUAUGCGAGCGGUGCAGAGAAGAUGUGCAUAGAGGGCUGAACCAAUGGAUUUUGAAGAGGCAUGGAUCAACCUACUGGGCUACGCAUUAGUUAUUUAGUUUUCUAUAUCCACACUGUUACCAGGUGUAGUUGGUGAUCUCGCCAGAAGUUCUUGUACUGUACGGUUGCGUUUUUAAUAAGAUGUGAAACACCUACCAAACAGUAAUAAUUAUGGACCUUACCGGGUUAGCAUAGGCAAAAUUAGAUCAAGAAAGUAUACCAGUCUGUCUUUUAAAAUAUAUACUACGAUUUUAAAUAUUAAGAUCAGAAAUCCUCAGGUCAUGUAUGUAUACAUCAUCAGUGUAUUAAGCAGUAUUUGAUCAGGUAAACAUGUUUUACAACAUAAAAUUUAAUUCAUGUUUGUAAGUUUAAGAAUUGCUGUCAAAUUAUAAUAUAUACAAAAUCAUGUUGAUGAACAAAUCUAUCAGCAUUGGAUGAAUAUGAUGUUUAACUAUGCCUAAAAUGUCCUUAUCACAUACAUUUCCACUAUCAGUUCCUCUUUAAGCAUCACCAGAAGAAGUAGCUGUAAUAAGGGCAAUUUGAUCAGCGUCAUUUUGAAGCUUCCCCUCCUGCCUUCAAUAACACGAGACAACUGUUAGAAGUAAACAUUUUGGUGAUACAUGUAUGAGGCUGUUCAGGAAUCUGGCCUUGAUCACACAAACACUCCAGUAUCAAAAACAUAAGGGAUUACCUAUAGGCGUGUAUCAAUUAAGUAAAAAAUAUAGCAUGUAGAUAUAUAUAGACAAAAUGCUGUUAAAUCUUUAAAUGUUUAUGAUUUUGAUGAGCUUGCAUACUUGUAAAGACGUUUUUGUGACUGUGCUUGUAUAGUGAAACCUGACAUUAGCAAGAUCAGAGUUGGGGGAGGAUAAAUUGACUAGGUAAGACUGUUGGUCUAGUCAGUUUUGGUUGCAGAUAAAAAAGUCUUUUAGGUCCUAAAAUCUUGUCUGACAUUGCAGAACCACUUAGAAUUAUAUCUGUAAAUUGUUUUUUGUCGUCAUAAGCCAAAUUCAAGGUCACUAUUAUAAAAUAAUAAUAAUAAUAAUAAUAAUGCUUUAUUUAUAGAAGGUAGCUCAAUUAGUUACAGAACUAUUCUCCCUUGAGGCCUUCUCUACAAUCUACGACAAUGAUAUCUACAGAGUAAUACCAUUACAUAUGAAUUUAAAUUCAGAUAUAAUUAAAAGUCAACAUUGCAAAGACUUGAAAUACAAUUCUAGCGUAAUUACAGCCAAAUAUGUUGCUGUAAAAUGUAUAGUACAUGGACACAAUGCAAUUAUAUUAUCAAUACUUAAAAUAUGAAAUCAAGAAGCAUAUACUCUAAAGUAGGGGGAUGGGCUUAUAACAGGACAAAAAAGUAGCAUUGGUUUGCAUCUCUACUGAACUGCAAUAAUAUUUGGAGGGCUUAUUACAAGACA